AUGCUAGAAAAGAUGCCCCUCUCUGCUUCACAGGCUGGGCGCAGACCUCCAGCCUUCCGGAGCCCGGGGACCCAGGCACCAAGAAGAGCCCGGAAAAGAACAGAAGGUGGAGCCAGCUCCAACGUCUUCUCCAUGUUUGAUCAGUCCCAGAUCCAGGAGUUUAAAGAGGCCUUCACCAUCAUGGACCAGAACCGAGAUGGCUUCAUCGACAAGGAGGACCUGAGGGACACAUUUGCUGCCCUGGGCCGCAUCAAUGUGAAAAAUGAGGAACUGGAGGCCAUGGUGAAGGAGGCUCCGGGGCCCAUCAACUUCACAGUCUUUCUGACCAUGUUUGGGGAGAAGCUGAAGGGCACGGACCCAGAGGAGACCAUUCUCCAUGCCUUCAAGGUGUUCGACACUGAAGGGAAAGGUUUUGUCAAGGCGGAUUUCAUCAAAGAGAAGCUCAUGACCCAGGCAGACCGGUUCAGUGAGGAGGAGAUCAAGCAGAUGUUUGCGGCUUUCCCGCCAGAUGUGUGUGGCAACCUGGACUACAGGAACCUAUGCUACGUCAUCACGCACGGUGAAGAGAAAGACUAGGAGAUCACGGACCUCCCCACAGUCAGAGGCAGCAAACACUGGGGGUACGGGCGACCAAGGGAGCUCCCAUGACCAAUAUGUGCAAGGAAAGGCUCCCCUUGCUUUGUGG